AAAAAUAAAGAAAAUAAAAAAUAAAAAUAAAACCCCUUCUCUUUUCUGCUUCGCCUCCAAGGAAACAUUUUCACGUUCUCUGUCUCUCUCUCUGACGUGCACGGAAUCGUAGAGAUGCACGAACCGGAGCUUAAUGAUCUGUCAGAUGAUGCCGACUACGCGGCCUCGAUGCAACAGGGCUCUGCCAGCAUGAUGCGGUGCGACAGCGGCAAACGGAGCACAUCGAGCGAUUCGGAGGGGUUGGAGAUAGUUUACCUGAAGGAUAACGUGGCAAUACAUCCGACGCAGUACGCAUCUGAGAGAAUUAGUGGUCGGUUGAAGUUGUUUAAGCAAGGGAAUGCUCUUCUAAUGACAUGGAUUCCAUACAAAGGACAAAGUUCAAGUGCAAGGUUGUCGGAGAAAGAUAAAAAUCUAUAUACCAUUCGGGCUGUGCCAUUUUCAGAAAUCCGGUCAAUACGCAGACACACUCCAACACUAGGCUGGCAAUAUAUCAUUGUAGUUAUGUCAUCAGGACUUGCAUUCCCUCCUCUUUAUUUCUACAAUGGAGGAGUUAGAGAAUUUCUUGCCACCAUCAAGCAGCAUGUUUUUCUUGUGAGAUCGACAGAAGAUGCAAAUGUCUUUCUUGUGAAUGAUUUUGAAGAUCCUCUCCAGAGAACACUGUCUUCCUUGGAGCUUCCUAGGGCUGUUUCAGUCUCGAAAGUUCCUUCCCCUGUUGCGACUACUGAAUCAUCUUCCACUGCUGAACAAGAAAUGGGUGAAUCUGAUAAAAGAGUGACCAGUUUUCAGCAAAAUGGCAAGCAGAAGCCAAGACAAAAACAUCAUGAUCCUGCUCGGGAUAUUUCAAUUCAAGUUUUGGAGAAAUUCUCACUUGUUACUAGAUUUGCUCGUGAAACAACUUCCCAGCUCUUCCGGGACAAUAGUAUCGAUGGGUUUCCUCCUAUUGAAGGGAGAAAGCAUGGUCAGUGGUCAGAGGCAUACCAUGACAAACCAUCAACAGAUUCUCAAAAAGUCGCUGAUGAGGUUCCUGCAAUACCUGAUCCAGUAGAGACGGAUAAAUUGUCACUUGUGUGGGGGAAACCACGGCAGCCACCAUUAGGGCAAGAAGAGUGGAAUAACUACUUAGAUGCUGAGGGCCGGAUAAUGGACUCAGAAAAAUUGAAAAAGAGAAUCUUUUAUGGAGGAGUGGAGCAUAUUCUGCGGAAGGAGGUUUGGACAUUCUUGCUAGGAUACCACUCAUAUGACUCCACAUAUGCAGAGCGAGAAUACCUCAUAUCUGUAAAGAGAGAACAGUAUGAAACUAUAAAAAAGCAGUGGCAGAGCAUCUCACCAGAGCAGGCAAGAAAAUUUACAAAAUUCAGAGAGAGAAAAGGGCUUAUAGAUAAGGAUGUGGUGAGGACGGACAGGUCACUGUCAUUCUUUGAUGGGGAUGACAAUCCUAAUGUAUAUCUUUUACGCGACAUACUGUUGACAUACUCUUUCUACAACUUCGAUCUUGGGUAUUGUCAGGGCAUGAGUGAUCUUCUUUCUCCUAUUUUAUAUGUAAUGAGAGAUGAAUCAGAAUCUUUUUGGUGCUUUGUUCAUCUUAUGGACCGGCUUGGACCUAAUUUCAACCGUGACCAGAGUGGGAUGCACUCUCAACUUUUUGCAUUGUCGAAGCUUGUUGAGCUGUUAGACAAUCCAUUGCACAACUACUUUAUGCAGAAUGAUUGCUUGAACUAUUUCUUUUGCUUCCGCUGGAUUCUGAUACAGUUUAAGAGGGAAUUUGAGUAUGAGGCGACAAUGCGCUUGUGGGAAGUUCUAUGGACUCACUAUUUGAGCGAGCAUCUACACCUUUAUGUCUGUGUUGCAAUCCUCAAGAAGCACCGCAAUAAGAUUAUUCAGGAAAAGAUGGAUUUCGACACGCUCCUAAAAUUUAUCAAUGAGCUGAGCGGUCACAUUGACCUGAACGCAACUCUGAGAGAAGCCGAAGCCCUGUGUAUUUGCGCUGGCGAGAAUGGCGCAGCUUGUAUUCCUCCUGGUACGCCUCCUUCACUCCCAAUCGAGGAUGAUUCUUCCGCGUACCCUCAGUUGGAAGAUGAUGUUCUAUAGGACCAUCGGAAUUCAGAUGGAAAUUGUUGAAGACGACGAUCCUUUUGCUACUGUAAGUAAAGUUCCAAAUAUUAUAGAUAUACAUAUUCCAUGAAUUUGAAUUUGUCAAAAUAAAUUUUGUCUAGUUUGGUUGAAGUGAAGUAUUAUGCAUCAUCAUGACCUUGUCGUAUCUUUUCCUCUCAGUAUUGAAGAUUGAAAUUGAUGUUUUUAGUGUUUAGUUCCUCCGGGCAUGCUUGCUAUUUUGAGUCCCGUCGUAUAUUUCUUGUUUCA